CUCUUUAGAUGAAUAAACAUUUGGGGGUGGUCCUCUCUCUAAGACCUUGUAACGUGAACUACAGCACAGCCUUAGAUGAUCUCACACACACGUCUGCUGUAAGUAAAUUUAUUGUUUAUUCCUUCCUUAUUUUCUGUUGCAUGCUCCAGGUUUACAGUGUAGAUGCAGUGUAAAAUUAAGUUUGCAAAGAAUGUAGUGAGGUGGUUUAAUCUAGGAAUGUAAAAGUAGCUCAGUGCUCUCUUUCUGUUUCCUCGUAUGACGCAUGAGGGUAAAACUGCAUUAUAAGGAAGCUGGUUUCUCUUUUUAAUCAUGUAUGUAAACUUGCGUCGGACUGGGUGGCAGAGCUCAUAAUCAUAUACUGAUUAAGCGCGAACUUGUUUCUAAUGAACAUGCUCAUAAGCAGAUUAUUUACGGUUAAUAUUUAUAAUUUCAGCGAUGAAACCCCAGUUUUAUUUAAAGUUUAGGAGUCUAUGACUGACCCCUGAUCUCCUAGGAUAUGUGCAACAAGUCAACUCAGAGUUGACUCUGAAGAAGACACCUGUUGUGUCAAAACGUCAGUCUACUUUAAAAUAAAACAGCUUUAACGCAUCCUGUGCUCGGGAUCCCUCCCUCAAGCUUAUCUGUCCCACUUUGUGAUUCACCAAUCCUGCAUAGCGUUCAAGCCGAAGCGCAAGACUGCCUCCUUAUGUGAAAUAAGAUCUUCAUUUCCUUUACAAAUCCAGCUUUGAAUCAGCCCACCUGACUUUACUCAAACUGUCAACAGGGAAAUCCACCGUUGUUUCAAUGUUCCUGUGUCCUUUUUAUCUGAAAUUACAUCAAACAUUAAACCAACUUUGUGCAGCCUCCAUGUUAUCCCCACCAAGUUCUCAAAGAGGUUUUUUUUUUUAACAGUUUUUUUUAUUUUUUUAUUUUUUUUGACACAGGGUCCUUUAAACUCAGAGCACACCACAUAUACAGUAUAUCACUGCCUGUGGGAUGAAUGUGAUAAGUUUGAUAACAGAUGUGUAAUUCAAUAAUAUCAAUCAUCAAAUUAUGUCACUUAAAUAAAAUAUGUGAAUGUGUCUACGGUUAGGGUUUGAUUCUGUUACGGAAGCCAAGAACAGCCAUGGAUUGUUCUUUAUUUUUUAUUCACUGUUAUGUUGUGAUACGGCGUCUCGUUACCUUGAUAUAAUAAAAGUUGUUUUCUUGGAUCAGUGCAGCGGGACGGGUGACUCACUGCUACUAGUUGGUGGGUACUUUGCAUGCUAGUGACAGAGUUCAGUUUGGAGAGGCAGAUUAAUGUUUUUUUUAUAUACAUAUAUUAAAGUAUGGGAGACUUAUAUGGGAAAACAGCAGGAAAGAGGGGUAAAAUACAUUAGUUCUCCGGCCGGGCAGGAUAAUUGACAGCUAUGAUCCAGAUUAGGAUAUUUUUGAAACACCAUGGUGAACUGCAAGUCAAGUUUCUCAAGGAAAAAAGCUGACAGACGGCACACUCCAUUUUGCGCAUGCCCAUUAAACUGCCAUGCUCAAAUCAUUUUAAGUGUAAUGCACAUGUGCAAAAUAGAGCAUUAUGUCAACAUUUUUAUUGAAAAGUCCAACUUGCGGUUGACAACGGUGGCUGCAGUGUUUCAGAAAUAUCCUCAUCCGGGGGGCAUUUUUUAAAAGUUACAGUUGAGGUCGGCUAAAACACAAUUUUCUGUUAUGAGAAAAAAAAGAUUGUUAUAUCAAUAAUUAGAUAAUUAAUCAUUAUCAUGGGAUAACAGUGCAUGGAAAAAAGAAAAAUUCAUGGCUGUUCUGUAUUGUAAAUACAGAAACUGUCCACUGUGGGGGGCUGACGGUUUGAUAUCAAUACAGUCCUUAAUAUGAACCAUCAUACUUUAUUUCCUUUGGUCCAGAUGAAGAGAUGGAUCCUGGAUCCAGCAAGACAAUGGAGGUGGCGGCACUCGGCCGACCGUUCAGUUUAGGGAUGCUGUACGACUGCCGCCAAGAUUCACUCAUCCCUGGUAACUAAGUUAGAAAAACACUUUGAGUUUCUGCUUGAUAAAAUCUAAAAAAGGGGGAAAAAAAAAAGAGCCAGGAGGCCAUGCAAGAUGUUCAGUGUUUCGUAUUUUGUAAAAGUUAAUUAUCAUGUGUUAAAAGGCAGCUCGACUUCUUUCUUUUGCAGGCAUCACACUGUGGGACUGUGAAGACUUGGGAAAAUCUACAAGGCAAAGACCAAGUCCUAACAGUGAGUUUGACAUAGUUGCCUCUGAAUCCAUUGAAGACAAAUCUUCAGCAUUAAAUGUUGAAGCAUCACUGAGGGCAAGUUUUUUGAGUGGACUUGUUCAGGUUGGAGGAUCAGCCAAAUACUUGAAUGAUAAGAAGACCUCUAAAAACCAAGCCAGAGUAACACUAAAGUACAAAACAACCACAAAGUUCCAGGAACUGUCAAUGGAUCAUCUUGGAGCAGGAAAAGUGAGGCAUCCAGAUGUUUUUGAAAAAGGACUGGCAACACAUGUGGUCACAGGGAUCCUUUAUGGAGCGCAAGCCUUCUUCAUCUUUGAUCGUGAGGUUUGUUCAGAAGAGGAUCAUCAUGACGUUGAAGGAAACUUGAAGGUGAUUAUAGAGAAGAUUCCUGCCCUCGCUGUAAAGGGUAAGGGAGCACUUGAACUGGAGGAAAAGGACAUAUCCAACGUUGAAAAGUUCUCCUGCAAAUUUCAUGGAGAUUUCUCUCUCAAACAAAAUCCAGCAUCAUUUCAGGAGGCAGUUCAAGUCUGCAAAAGUCUGCCAGAACUGCUGGGAGCCGAUGGAGAAAAUGCAGUACCAGUGAAGAUCUGGCUGCUGCCACUGACAGCUAUAGAUUCUUCUGCUGCCAGACUUGUAUGUCAGAUCAGUAUAAGAUUGGUUCAGGAGUCCCAGAGUGUCCUGGAGGACCUCAGUGAGCUGGAAAUGAGAUGCAAUGAUGUAUUGAGAACCACCCCAGCACAGCAGUUCCCACAGAUCAGCAAAAAUAUUAAAACCUUCAAAGAGAUGUCCUCUGUGUUCAGACUUGAAUUCCAACAAUCAUUGGCAAAGACACUCCCAUCAAUCCGAGGGGGAGGAGAGGAGGAGGCUGUACUGGCAGAGAUCCUGAAGAGGGGGCGUUCUUCUCCUUUCAACAGUGAAAGGCUGAAUGAGUGGAUGGAUUGUAAAGAGAAAGAAAUCUAUACAUUAAUGUCUGUGACUGACACAAUGAAAAACCUCAUAAUUGUAAAAUCUGAAAACCACCUGUACAAAGAAAUCCAAAAAGCAAAGCAUGCUGUGUGCUUUGUCUUCACCUCACUGGGAAGUGAUGAACCGUUCCUCCUGGAUUUAACAAACUACUUAAGAAAAAACCCAGAGCCAGAAACCUCUCAAGAUCCCCGUAUUCUGGAGAAGGAACAGUGGUAUGCUUCAAGAGAGAUAGUAAAUUCAAUGAGGGCAAAAGCAAAGCUUUUCAGUGACUUUGCAGCAGCCAACCAGGAGAACAAGAACAUCAAGUUCCUGAUAGCUGCCAUCGCAAAUGAGACACAGAGAGGUUCAAGUAUCUAUCUUUAUGAAGGUGGCUUUACUGUCAGUGAGAACUUUGAGCUGCCUUCAAAGCCUGAAGAUGUGACAUUGAGCAACACAAACCACAACAGCGUCACACUGAAGAUUGAUCCACCAAAGUCUGGAGCAGAAAACAUCACCUCCUACUCUGUUGAGUACUGUGUCCGAGGAGAAGAAGGAUGGAAACAACAGACAGCAACUAAAGCUGGAGAAGUCACCGUGGGCAACCUGAGCCCAAACACAGAGUACAUGUUCAGGUGCAGAGCAGUGACCUCAGUGGGUGUUGGACCAGCCAAUGAAGUUAGUGAUCCCAUUAAAACCUCACCUGAAAAACCAGAAGUUAGACCAAACCAAAGUAAGAUAUCAACGAGUUUGAACUCCACCCCAGAACCCAGCACAACAAAACUAAGUCUUACUGAUACUCUCAAAAAGAAGAGCAAAAAGAUCAGUUCUGCAUCCCCCUCAGUUUACCAACUGCCACUGAAAAAAGAGAGGAUGAACAUAAAUGGAUGUCGGGGGUUUAGUUUUGGUAAAGAAAGCAUGAAGGAAAACCGCACAGUGAUGCUUCUUGGAGCCACUGGAUCAGGAAAGUCCACUCUGAUCAAUGGGAUGAUCAACUACAUCCUGGGUGUGAACUGGAAUGACAGUUUGAGAUUUAAGAUCAUUGAUGAGGUGCAAACAAGAUCACAAGCUGAAAGCCAGACUUCUGAAGUGACGGUGUACAAAAUCUAUCAUCAGGAUGGCUUUAUGAUAGAUUACUCACUGACCCUCAUCGACACCCCCGGAUUUGGGGAUACCAGAGGCAUAAAGAGAGACAGAGAGAUUGUAGAUCAGCUGCGUAAUCUCUUUUCUUCUGAACGUGGAGUCAGAGAAAUUGACGCCGUGGGUUUUGUAGUUCAGGCUGCUUUGGCUCGACUCACAACGUCACAGAAAUACAUCUUUGAUUCUGUGCUCUCAAUCUUUGGAAAGGACAUUGAAGAAAACAUCAGGAUUCUGGUGACAUUUUCAGAUGGUCAACCCCCACCGCUUCUUGAGGCAAUCAAGGCUGCGGAUGUCCCGUGUCCUAAAACAAAGGAGGGGCAGCUGAAUCACUGCAAAUUCAACAACUCAGCCUGGUUUGCAGACAACAAAUCACCUACAGCAGACAUGGGAGAAGGUGGAGAGGCUGAAAGCUUUGGCAAGAUGUUUUGGAACAUGGGGGCAAUGAGCAUGAAGAGGUUCUUUACUGCUGUAAAUCUAAUGGACACCAAAAGCUUGACUUUAACAAAGGAGGUCCUCACAGAAAGACAGCAGCUGGAAACCUCAGUUGAAGGUCUGCAGAAGCAGGUUAAAGUUGGCCUAGCCAAGCUUGAAGAGAUAAAAGAGACAACUGAAAAACUGAAAGAACACGAGGCAGAGAUCAACAGAAAUAAGGACUUCACGUUUGAAGUCAACAUUAUAAAGCCUUUCCAGAUCCACCAAACUGGUGGAGGAUACCUGUUCAACUGUCAACAGUGUGAUUUCACCUGUCAUGAUAACUGUUUUUGCACAGCAGAUAAAGACAAAAUUAAGUGUUCUGCAGUGGGACCUGAUGGAUACUGCAGAGUGUGUCCAGGUAAAUGUAUCUGGAGUGUUCAUUUUAAUCAGAAGUACAAAUGGGAGUACAGGAACGUUACAGAAACAAAAACAGUUGAAGAACUGAAAAAAAAGUAUGACAUCGCUAAAGUGGCCAAGUCACCUCUCGAAGCUCUGAUUAAAAAACUGAAUGCUGAAUAUGAUGAGGUGCAGGCUGAGGUGCAGAGGCUGAUGGAUGAAUCCACAAGGUGUAUCAACAGACUGAAAGAGAUCGCACUGAGGCCAAAUCCUCUCUUUUCUCCAGAGUACAUCGACAUGCUCAUUGAAGGAGAGAAAAGUGAGGCCAAACCAGGCUGGAUGACACGGGUUCAAACCCUGAUGGAGAUGAAGGGAAAAGCUCAGAUCAUAGCUCGAGUAGAAGGAGGAGAGACACUUCUACAGAGAAACACAGAACAGACAAAACAGACAACAGACAAAAAGACAAGUCUUGGGUUGAAGAUUUGGAACUACGUCACAGGCAAAUAAUGAACCUGAAUCAGCUUUACCAAAACAGGCUCAGAUACUAAGGAGAUAAUAACGGUGAUUCUCACAACAACAGAAAAAAAUCCUAACCAUUGACCAUAAACCUGGAAUCAGUGAAUAUCUGGGGAACAGAAUAACUUGUAAGGCAAUGUUGGUCACUGACUAUCAUUAGAUCAUGCAUACAGAUGUUUGCUUUGUGAUUGUACUUGCUGUUUGAUUUUAAUUUGGUCACUUAGCUACUCAGCAAAACUUGUUGGUUUAUUGUUGGUUAAAUGCUCAGAGGUGUGCACUGUGAAUGGAAUUGCAGCUGUGCAUAAGCUGUUAUAUGCAUGAUAACCUUCAUUCAGCAGCAAUUAAACAGAAGCCGAUCCAAUAAAUUAAAUUUAGAUUUCUCAGGUUAUUAAUGUAAUGAUUUAUGAUUGAGCUCUGAGUGACAGUGCGUUGGUGACAACCUGCUGCUACACUGAGAUGGUGAGAUGAGACCAGUUCACUGAGGUCUUUCCCCUCUAUAUGUUGUUGUUAUAUCGCUCAACAUAAAUGUCAAGUAAGUUAGAAAAAUACUUUGAUUUCAUCUCUGUUUCUGUUUUUAUUUCCACUCAUAAAACCAGAACAAGCAGCAGAGUCCCCCGUCUAACAGGGGGGUUAAACAUUUUCUAUAUAUCCUGAUCAACUCAUCGGAGACUAACCACAUCCUCUUGUUAUGGUUCCUUAGAUAUGGUAGUUUUUUUUUUCCUUGUGUGUGUUUUCUUAUUUUUCCUUGUUCAGAGUUACCCAGCUGGUAGAGGAGUGAGUGAUCGUCAUUUGGAUAGAAGAUCUUUGCUGCUGUCGACAGGGGACGUACUGAUUGGUGUUCCUCCCCACUCACUGUCAGCAUCCACCAAUCAUCGAUCACAAAAACCUCCGCUCCAGAAACUAGAGGAGUGACCGAAAAACUUCAGAGUGAGGAGGCAGCUUAGUUAGAUUUGUUGUGUGUGUCUCAUAGAUGUUUGGUAUGGUAGCAUCGGUAUUUUGUUGUAUUGUUACCUAGAUACACUGAGACACUAGUUAGGGGUUGGGGUGAUUUUCUUUGGGCACUAGGUGUUAGGUUUUUGUUUCCUGUGGUUUCUUUUGGGUUUAAGAGGUCGUCCUCCUUUGUUAGAUUUUUUCAAGUUCUGGGUGGAACCUCGAUUGUAUUUUUGUUUGGCAGGUCAGUUCAGGUUAGUUAGGCAGGUGGAUUUGGUUUGUUUUUAUUUUGUCUAAACUAGGUCAGGGCCUGCCAGUUAGGUAAGAGUUUUGGUUUUGAUUGUUUGUUGAUUUGGUGUCACCCGCUGCCCUCACCCCUUUGAUGGAAAUCUCUUUGUUCUAGCUGUCUCCCACUCUGCUCGUUGUUGUGGUCUGUUGUUUAUUCUUGUUUUUUUAAUUAUUAUUUGAGUAUUUCUACAUCUUAAUUUUGCCCUGCCAUCCACUCCUUCCUUGCUUCCCUUCGCCCCUAUACUAUAAUCAGUAUAUAUGUAUUAACCAAAUUAAAGAACAUGAAGAAUACUUUUUACAGCUAGUAUUGAGACAAGAGAAGAUCAUCCUUAAUAAUCACCACAACAUGGACAUUUACAUUGUUUUUAUUCUUUAUAAUCACAUGUGUUUUCAGUCUUACUUUAUCUUGUAGACAUUAGGUUAUGAGCAUCUUAUCAUUUUGAUAUUAUCUCUCUGAUAUGAAGUUUGUUUUUGGAAACCUUAAAACAAAGAAUAUCUGAAUAACUGCAUUUAUUCCUCUAACUGUUUUAUUUCUCUCUCUCUCUCUCUUUUAGAUAAACAGAAAUCAAUAAUCAAUGAAUUUCUGUUCCAGCACCUGUUUGUUUUAAAUCAUACAUGCUACAUGUCUUUGAGGGUUACUAAGUUCUUGACAUGGUAAACUCUGUUAUUUGACACUCAGGGACUGUGGACUGUUGGAAAGAGUAGCCUGUACUCUGUUAAGAUCUGGUAGGAAGUGAGACUUUUCCUGCUAACAUGAGGUCAUUAUCCAAGGUUGGGCCUGUGGAUGUAUUAGUGAGGAAGUCUAUGAGAGGGUUAUUUGAUUUAUCUGAUUGUACACAGGAGGUCUGUUCAUGAAUAAACACGUCUGUAUCUGCA